AUGGGUGCCGGGACAGAGCCGCCGGGCUCUGCAGCAGGCCCUGCACCCAGCAGCGUGUACCUGGACUACAACGCCACCACCCCGCUGGCCCCUGAGGUGGCCCAGGCACUGGGGGAGGCCGCCUGUCAGGCCUGGGGUAACCCCAGCAGCGCCCACCCCGCGGGCAGGAAGGCCAAGGAGCUCAUUGCUGGUGCCCGGGAGAGCCUGGCAAGGAUGGUGGGAGGCCGGCCAGAGGACGUCAUCUUCACCUCAGGGGGCACGGAGGCGAACAACAUGGUGAUCCACACCGCCCUCAGGCACUUCCGAGAAAGCAAGGGGCAGGACCGGGGCACGCCACACAUCGUGACAUCAAGUGUGGAGCACGACUCCAUCCGUCUGCCGAUGGAGCAGCUGGUGAAGGAGAGCCUGGCAGAAGCCACUUUUGUGCCUGUGUCCCCACGAAGCGGGCAGGCCGAGGUGGAUGACGUCCUCGCUGCGGUCCGGCCGACCACCUGCCUGGUUUCCAUCAUGCUGGCCAAUAACGAGACGGGGGUCAUCAUGCCUGUCUCAAAGCUGAGCCAGCGCAUCCAUGCCCUCAACCAGAAGAGGGUGGCAGAGGGGCUGCCCAGGAUCCUGGUGCACACAGAUGCGGCACAGAUGAUUGGCAAGGGGCGUGUGGACGUGCAGGAGCUGGGGGUGGACUACCUCACCAUCGUGGGGCACAAGUUUUACGGCCCGCGGAUCGGCGCGCUGUAUGUGCGCGGCCCCGGCACCACCACCCCGCUGCACCCCAUGCUCUUUGGAGGGGGGCAGGAGAGGAGUUUCCGGCCAGGCACCGAGAACACCCCAAUGAUCGCUGGCCUCGGCAAGGCUGCAGAGCUCGUGAGCAGGAAUUGGGAGGCCUACGAGGCCCAUAUGCGGGAUGUUCGGGACUACCUGGAGGCCAGCCUGGAGGCAUCCUUUGGGAAGCAGAGGCUCCACUUCAACAGCAAAUUCACGGGCUCCAAGCGACUGUGCAACACCUGCAACUUCUCCAUCCUCGGCCCAGGCCUUCAAGGGCGCAGGGUGCUGGCUCACUGCAAGACCCUCCUCGCCAGCGUUGGGGCUGCCUGCCACUCUGAGAAGGGGGAUCGGCCCUCCUCAAUUCUGCUCAGCUGUGGGAUCCCCUACGACGUGGCGCAGAACGCCCUGCGGCUGAGCGUGGGGCGGGACACCACCCGUGCGGACGUGGACCUGGUUGUGCAGGACCUUGUGCAGGCCGUGGCACAGCUGGGCAAGGACCAAGCCUCGUAGCCCCCAGGACUCGCUGCCCAGCUGUCUCCCAGGAAGCCUGCCCGCUGCCUUACCGCUCGGAGGAAGAAAGACCAUCUGUCCCAGGGCGACAUGGGGACUGCGCAGCAAGAGGCUGGGCUGGGAAUUGCGCUGCUGCUGCCAGAGCCCUGACCUCCCAAAGGACGUUGAGGCUGGGAAGGGGGUGGGCAUGGCUUUCCCAGCACAGCCUUGCGUUACCUGCUCCCCUUUCCUCCCAUCCUUCCUGCAGUGGGCAGAGCUCCUGGAGCACGUAGAGCUGGCAACAAAAGGAAACAGCAGUUGUGGUAAACGUGUACUAGCACCUGAGGAAAUGUGUCACCCCUGCGUGCCAAGGCGCUUGCUGUGAUCACUGCCGUAGGAGGACACGCGUGUCACACACAGGAGGAGCACGGCAGCUGGGCUGAUCCAUCUGGGGCAAUCUGCUCUCCCUUGGUAUUCAUAGGAAUAAAAGCAGUUUCCACUGCUGUGGCUCUUUCUUAAGUAAAA